UCUCUCUCUGAUUUUUUUUUUUCCUUUUUUUUUUCUUUUAAAUUUGCUUUUACCUUCGCGUUCGCUUCUCCCCAAUUCCCACCUACUCGUCUCUCUCUCCUCCUCUUGGCCUCUCUUUGGAUUGCCAUGUUCCGGGAAUUUUGAUUUGUUCAUGGUCUCCGGUGUCGAUUUAGCUGUGGUCGCAUGAGAAGUGAGGGAUCGGAGAGGAUGGGGGACGCCGGGAGCGGAAAAGGAGGUGCUUGCGCGGAGGAGAGCGUCGGUGGCGGGACCGACGUGCGGAGCUCUUCUGGCCCCGCGGCGGAGGCGGCGGAUCACCUUGUCGUGAUGGUCCACGGUAUCCUCGGCAGUCCUGCUGACUGGAAGUUUGCAGCUGAGCAGUUUGUUACAGAACUUCCAGAUAAAGUGAUAGUUCAUUGUAGUGAUAGAAACAUGAAUAAACUAACAUUAGAUGGUGUUGACGUCAUGGGUGAGCGAUUAGCUGAAGAGGUAACUGAAGUGAUCAAGAAAUCGCCAAAUCUGCAGAAAAUCUCUUUUGUUGCACACUCAAUUGGAGGAUUAGUUGCACGUUAUGCAAUUGGGAGAUUAUAUAAUCCUCCUAGAAGAAAAACCCAGGAGGACACUCUGUGUGAUGUACGUGAUGAUAGUCAAAGUGGUACUAUCUGUGGUUUGGAAGCUAUGAAUUUCAUCACAGUGGCUACACCUCAUCUUGGUUCUAGGGGAAACAAACAGGUCCCUUUCCUUUUUGGGCUCACUGCUAUUGAAAAGGUUGCUUCUUGUGUUAUUCACUGGAUAUUUAGAAGAACUGGCAAGCAUCUUUUUCUAACUGAUAGCGACGAAGGAAAGCCUCCAUUGUUGCAACGAAUGGUGGAGAAUUGUGAUGAUCUUCAUUUUAUGUCUGCCCUCCAAGCUUUUAAACGGCGGGUGGCUUAUUCAAAUGUUGGCUAUGAUCAUAUAGUAGGAUGGAGAACAUCUUCUAUUAGACGUAACUCUGAGUUGCCUAAAUGGGAGGACCCAUUGAGUGAAAGAUACCCACAUAUUGUACAUGAAGAAUAUACUGCAGGGAGCAGAAAUGAUAAGUGUACUAGUGAUUCCCUUACGGACAGCGAUUGUGAUGUACUUGAAGAAAAGCUAGUAACAGGUCUCACACGGCUGUCUUGGGAAAGAGUCGAUGUAAGCUUCCACAACAUCAGCAUCCAAAGGUUUGCUGCACACAGUGUCAUUCAGGUUAAGGAUCCAUUCACGCAUUCGGAAGGUACAGACGUUAUACAACACAUGAUGGAUCACUUCCUCACUUGAGGGAGGCAGAGGAAUUCUUCUUCAGGUGGUAUACAUUGAUCAUCAUCCACUAGUGGAUCCAUUGGAUACAGAAGGUGGAACAAAGAGCAGCAACAAGAACAUGAAGAACAGGUAGCAGCAAAUCAACUUGAAUCAUUGAGCCUUACCAUCACUUGAAUCUCUUCUAUAUUCUUCACUGGCAACUGUGUAAUAUUUCGAUACGAUCCUUUGUAUAAUCUGUUUAUUUUUCUUAGCACUCAAUAUACUCAUGUUCAUGUUGUAUAGCCACUCGCGAUGACAUUUUUUGCUCGUAGCAGAAUGGAACUGGAAUGAUUCAUAAUUUUCAUUUCAAUAUUUAAACA